AAAUACCAACCAACAUGUCCCAUUACGCUAAUCUCUUACCAGUAAGUGGUAAAUGGAAAUCUGAUAUAACAGACUACCUCAGUGAGGACGUCCCAUCUUUUGAUUUUGGUGGGUUUGUCGUGGGUGACAAGCCAGAAACUGGUUCAUUAUACAUGAAGGCCCCCGGAUUAAUCUGUGGUAUCCCCUUUGCUGCUGAAGUAUUCCACCAAACUCAAUUGAAAGUCACAUGGCAUCAUCAUGAAGGUGAGUACGUCACUAAGGAACAACUUGCUCAAGCCGGUGGUAAAAUCGUUGUUGCUACUGUCGAGGGUGCCGCUAGCAAUAUCUUACUUGCUGAACGUACUGCCUUGAAUUUAUUGGCUAGAGCUUCUGGUGUGGCUACCCAAUCUUACAUUACUAAGAAAUUGGCCGAUGAGAGUGGAUAUACUGGUAUCAUUGCUGGUACUAGAAAAACUACCCCUGGAUUAAGACAAGUUGAAAAAUAUGCCAUGUUAGUUGGUGGUGUUGAUACCCAUAGAUACGAUUUGAGUUCUAUGGUUAUGUUAAAGGAUAACCAUAUUACUUCUACUGGUAGUAUCACUAAUGCCGUAGCUAAGGCUAGAUCAGUAUGUGGAUUUGCCGUGAAGGUUGAAGUUGAAGUAAGUAGUGAACAAGACGCUAAAGAAGCUAUAGAUGCAGGUGCAGAUGUUAUUAUGUUGGAUAACUUUACUGGUGACGAAUUACGUAAGGUUGCUCAAAGUUUGAAGACUCACUAUAAGGGAACCCAAACCAAGUUCCUUUUGGAAUGUUCGGGUGGGUUGACCUUGCAAAACUUGAGUAACUAUUUGUGUAACGACAUUGAUAUUUAUUCUACUUCUUCUAUCCAUCAAGGUACCGGAAUUAUUGAUUUUUCUCUUAAAAUCAAUGCUUCUUCUUAGUUAGUUUUAUCUUAUAGAUGAUAUACUUUUAAGUUCUAAACUUUGGAAACCUGUAUUGAACCCAAUAACUUGUGACACAUUAGUCAACACACUUGAACUGUUUACGUGUUCUUCAUGUUCUUCCUCUUCGUUCUCCUUUUCAUCACAUGAGAUCAUGGUAUGUGUGUUUAUCAGUAACCCAGACAAGCUAGUAGAUCCACUAGCCAUACUUAAAUCUUUAAGCAAAUCGUGAUGCAAUAGCGCAUUAUUAGACUCGUUCGCUCCAGGUCGUACAGAUUUCUUUCCAAAACAUCUAAUUGCUCGUAUAUGACUAUCCUUCCCUUCUUGAUGGUUGGCUAAUACGAUUAACUUCACCAUGAAACAUUUCAAUACUCCAUCAUUUCUGAUUCCAUUGAAGAUAAUAUGGGACCAACCAAUAGGUUGAUUGAAGUUAACCGUGCAUACAUCGAUCAUAUCCCAACCGUCACAACUACCUGCCAUAAUCUUGAUCUUGGAAGGAGUAUAACUUUCAUCUAGUGAAUAAUUUGUAAAUAUCGAUAUUCUCUCAAGUGCAACCU